UCCUCCAGAAUGAAGAUUGCGUCGCUGAUCUUGGUGUUGGUGUUGGUCGUGUCUGCGGUCUUUGCCGACCCAGCACCGCAUAAGUACAAGAAAGGCGGCUUCGGUCGGCGCCGUGGAGGCUUCGGUUACGCUCCCGUCAAGGUGAUUCCUGUCCACUAUCCAGUCUUUGUUGGCAAAGGCUACGGUGGUGGCUAUGGUGGUGGCUUUGGUGGCGGCUUCGGCCCCGGUUUUGGCGGUGGCUUCGGCGGCGGCUACGGAGGCCUGUACGGCGGUCAUUAUGGAGGACGUUACGGCUAUGGACGGUAAACUGUGUCAGUAUGUCGUCUCCGAGGGAGUGGCCACAGUGUCCUCGGUGAGCUGUGGACAGCCCUUACUGACAGGCAUACAUCGUGUUGCCAUCAUCUCUGUGAAUCAUUUUCAUUCUCGUGUAUAUAUGCCCUCCAUACAGAUUUUGAACAGUUCUGGAAUCCAUAAUUUUGUAAGUAUAUCAUAAAAAACAUCAAUUUACCUCUAUUUACUUCUGUAAAUAAAAUA